AUGGAAAAAAUACGUUUGACAAAGGACGUUUUCAUGAAAGAUUUGAAGAUGACCUACAAGAAGCACAUGAAACGAAGACCCGAAGAUGGUGGACACGAGCUGGCUGACGAGGAGGACGCUGACAGUGCAGACACCAUUGACAGCACCUUUCCCGAUUUCAGCAAGGAGUGGCGGGAAUUUAGCGUGAAGCUUGCAAAAGGAGACGUGCAAACUGAGAGCGACGGCCAGAUUGUGUAUGAGGUUGGUGGGCCGACACCAGCCCCAACUUUUUGGGAUAGGUGGAAGAUGCACUUGCUGAUGGGCAUGAACAUCAGCAUGCUGAUGUGCACCCAGUAUCUCAAAAGGCCUGGCUGGCUUUGUGCCAGUUUUCUUCCUCUAGUCCAUGUGACUUUGCGGUGA